UGAAUUCCCGAAUCUGGCAACCCGAGAGAGACGCAAUCCAACUAGCCGGAGCUCACUCGGCUGCUUUUCUUCUGUGUGAGUGUCACACACAGACAACGUGGAGCGAUGGUGCUCGACCUGGACCUGUUUCGGACCGACAAAGGCGGCGAUCCUGAAAUCGUCCGUGAGGUCCAAAGGAAGAGGUUUAAGGAUGUCACGCUCGUCGACAAGCUGGUCGCCGCGGAUACGGAAUGGAGAAAGUGCCGCUUUACUGCAGACAACCUCAACAAAGCAAAAAACCUGUGCAGCAAGAGUAUUGGGGACAAAAUGAAGAGGAAAGAACCGGUUGGCGAGGAUGAGUCUAUCCCAGAAGCGGCGCAGAAUCAGGAGGCGCUCACGGCAGAUAUACUCGCGGCCCUAACAGUGACCCAGAUCAAGAAAGUGCGUGUACUGGUGGAUGAGGCCAUGGUAAAAACUGACAGUGAGCGGUUGAAGCUGGAGGCGGAACGCUUUUCAUACCUGAGAGAGAUCGGCAACCUCCUGCACCCUUCUGUGCCCAUCAGCAACGAUGAGGAUGCAGACAACAAGGUGGAACGUACAUGGGGUGACUGCAGCAUCCAGAAGAAGUACUCCCAUGUUGAUCUGGUGGUCAUGAUUGAUGGCUUUGAGGGGGAGAAGGGAGCAGUCGUGGCUGGGAGUAGAGGCUACUUCCUGAAGGGCCCUCUGGUGUUCCUGGAACAGGCGCUAAUCAACUACGCUAUGAGGAUCCUGCACAACAAGAACUACACCAUGUUGUACACGCCCUUCUUCAUGAGGAAAGAGGUCAUGCAAGAAGUCGCCCAGCUCAGCCAAUUUGAUGAAGAGCUCUACAAGGUCAUCGGUAAGAGCAGCGAGCGAGACGACGACAACUCCAUCGAUGAGAAGUACCUUAUUGCCACCUCCGAGCAGCCAAUUGCAGCGUUCCUGAGGGAAGAGUGGCUCAAGCCCGAGGACCUGCCUAUACGCUACGGCGGCUUCUCCACCUGCUUCAGACAGGAAGUGGGCUCUCACGGCAGAGACACGCGUGGCAUCUUCAGAGUUCACCAGUUUGAGAAGAUUGAGCAGUUUGUCUACUCAUCGCCACACGACGGCAAAUCUUGGGAGAUGUUCGACGAAAUGAUCGGGACCGCAGAGGACUUUUACCAGUCCCUCGGUAUUCCUUAUCGCAUCGUCAACAUCGUCUCUGGUGCACUGAAUCACGCCGCCAGUAAGAAGCUGGAUCUGGAAGCAUGGUUCCCAGGCUCCGGUGCUUUCAGAGAGCUGGUCUCCUGCUCCAAUUGCACCGACUACCAGGCCAGACGCUUGCGUAUCCGCUAUGGACAGACCAAAAAGAUGAUGGACAAGGCAGAGUUUGUUCACAUGCUUAAUGCCACCAUGUGUGCCACCACACGCGUGAUGUGCGCCAUCCUGGAGAAUUUCCAAACAGAAGAGGGCAUAAUUAUUCCAGAGAAGCUCAGGGAAUUCAUGCCUCCUGGUAUAACCGAGAUCAUCAGGUUUGUCAAGCCAGCACCCAUCGACCAGGAGAUGUCCAAAAAGGCGAAAAAACAGAAGAAUAAGCAGGCAGGAGAUAAGAACCUCCCCAACGCCAUGGAGGAGAUGUCUGUCAAUGACUCCUAAACGCCAAAGCUAAAUAAAUACAAAUGAUGGAAUUGAGCCUUUUGUUGUUACACUAAAUCCUUUUGGAGAGAGCAAAGAGAACAGAUCAAGAUGGCACUUUUUAAUGAUUGUUGGUUCUUCUCCAUGCUUUUGGUGGCUCCAUCCAAUCAUUGUGUACCAUAAUAGACAAAGGGAUCGCUCCUGUCCAUUUUUCAACUGUCACAGACCCGCCUCAUAAACAAGUCAGUCACAUUCCUAGCCUAAACCCAAACAAGAUCACUGUAAUUUCUGGCUUUGUUUACAAGUACUGUGUAGUGCAGGGGAAUACAGUAGUGUAGAACUAAUUGUGUGCUUGCUGGAGUCUCGAGCUGCUCAUUUAAGACCAAAACGCAUCAUUUAAAAGGAAAUUUCUACAAAGGUUAGUGUAUGUGCUGAAACUCACAGCAAUCAAAAGUUUUAGCUUGAGAAUUUCGGGUCUGUCAACUGUUGAACAUCAAGUUUGUGUCUAUGAAAAUCACAAAGUUGCUCUUACUGUAAGCAUAAUAUUAAAUCCAGGUCUUAAUGGAA